ACCCGAUGUGUGGUGUAUUAAAUAUAUAUCAAGACAUGAACUUGAUAAAUUAAUAAAAUAUCUUCCUCGAUUAAAUUCUCUUAAUAUGGAAUAUAAUCCGUUAUUUGUUAUACCAUCAACAAAUUCAAACUCUUAGAUUAGAAGAUGAUUCGGAAUUAAUAUCGAUUGAUAAUCUUUGUCAUACAAUAGAAAAUGUUAAACAUCUUGAAAUUCCAAUAAGAACAAAAGAUCAAAUGUAG